AUGGGAGCCACCAACAUUCAGGACGCGAAGAUUCUCAUUCAAUCUCCACGCUCCAAAGAACGCACGGCCGGCCUAAAAGACCUCAUCCUCAUCCUCAAGCACAACCGCGGCAAGCCCAGUUUGGAGGCACUUGGAAACAAGGCUUACCUGGCACUAUGCGAAACACUGUUUCAAUGCCUGCGAGACGAACGAUCGUCGUUCCUCCAGGGCAAAUCCAACACACCCAAGACCCAGGCAAAUUUCUUGCGUUCAGCGACAUCCCUACGGCUUGUUAUAGCCUCGGGUGUGCGAACCAUCAAAAGCUCCACGGUCGAGGUUAUUAUAGACACCAUUAUCGAAGUGCUGCCUGGCACAGAUGGUCUACUCUUGAAGCCUCUCUUGGAAGAUCUGCCAAAGACUUUGCGAUUGUUACUGGAAUACCAGCCACAUGUUGAACGCUUAUCUGUCGACUGCUGGGAUGCCGCUGUCGAUUUCUGUAUUGACUCCUUGGCUGGAUUUUCAACCGAGGCGGAAGCCGAAGCACUCAGCAGCUGGAGCACAAACGUCUCCAGUCGUGGCCGUACUCCAUUCCACUCUACUGAGGUGUCGAUUGCGAGAGGCAGCACUCGUGAGCCUGUACAAAGGACCAAAUCGGUGACUGACGAAUUUGCUCAUUCUACAGAAAACUUCAUACAUUGUUUGCUUGCACUAGUCAAAGCCACCAACGCCCCAGUACUCGAUAAAGCUGAAGCGAUCCUGACGGCCCUAUUGCACUUUCUUAGCCGAAGAACUGGGCGUGGCAGUGUUGCCGCCGCCGCUCUGGCUGGCAUCAAUGCAAUUCUGGCUCGUAUAGCCUUGCAGUCACUCGACCUGUCGAAGCGCAUCAUCAAGGGGCUACUACCACUGAUAAAGCCAAUGUGGUCCGAGCACAUACUUCGCGAUGAAAUACUAAUCACAUUGACGUAUACGGAAGCUCACAUAUCAAGUCUUGUAGCUGACCUAGAAGACACAACGACAUGCCUUGAUCUCGAAGCAGUGUUAGAAGCGAUGUAUGCAGACUAUCGGACAAGGAAAGAAACUACUGCGCAUCAGUAUCUUGAGGAGGAUCACCUCUGCUUUCGCCACUUGGGAGCUUCUGGCGCAGAUACCCAUCCUCUUCAUACUCUGGUGUUCUCCAUGGAGACGGAACACGCAAAGUCCGAAGGUCUGUGGGCGACUGUGUAUGCUAUCGCCCGGUUCUCGUCGAUGCUCGAUAAAAGAAAACGGAAGACGGCAUCCGAACGUGAAGUUGGCGGUGAAAGUGUCUUCAAGCGCGCUCGUAUCGAUCUACUAUUCGAUGAGUAUACGCGCCACAUCGCCGAGCCCCGCUCCAAUGCCAAGCGAGCUGCGUUACAAGUAGUGGCCUUUUCAGUCCAAGAGGGUCCCGUUGAUGAGGACAAGUUGCAGUCGUUACUGGAGAAGCUCACCUCAUGCAUGGCUGACGAAAAUGUGGCACAUUCGGUCUGGGCGAUGAUCGGACUGGCUGCUACUGCGUUCCAGAUAUCUGCGAAGCAUCCUACACUCACCUCCUACUGGGUGUCCAUAUGGCAGAGCGCAUCAAGAGCCGUAACAUCUCCCUCGUUGUGUCGCGCUGCAUGUCAUCUCAUGGAUGUCUUACUGAAGCUCGGGAUCGUCCCCUUCGCUGCUGUUUCAGAUAUCGUCCAAUCCAUGCUCCUAUCCAUCGAAUUGACAGGUCCGUCGUUGUUCACAGAGACAAGCUCAUCUUUGCUGAUAACAGUCAUUCGAGAGCGGGUCAAGGAGAACCCGACUCAUUUCAAUCAGACUGCCGAGAGGAUAGUGAGCUGGCUAUUUAAUAAGUGGACACCCAGUCUUUGGUCUGAGCGAACGUAUGCUGCGAUCAACGCGCAUCACAGCAACGCUCGAGAUGUUUUGCAGAUGCUGUAUGCUUGUUUGGACACAGCUUCCAGCCUCCCGGAGCCACUACCUUUACUCGUUCUAGGAUCCGUCUCUCAAGCCAGAGUGUGGAACACUCGCUACCGAACACUUGCGCAGUAUCUCCUCUUGCUUAACGAUGAUGACAAGUACCUUGCGCAGAUGACUGUACACUUUGGAUCUUCUCAGGAAGCUGUUGUUGAACGUCAACCAACAAACACAGAUAUCAGGGUGCUUGAUUUCUGUCAGUCAGAAGUAGACAGGGCAAGAGAGCGCUGGAAGGAUGUCGCUCAAUCAAACGCUCAGAACAUCACAUCAAGCAUGAUGCGUAUCGUCACCAAUCUCUGCAUAGUUGCUCCAGCAAUUGCCAGUCUCAGUAAUCCUCGAGAACGCCGAGUUGCCGCACUUGAGUCCUCCACCAACAAGCUUGUACAUGCGUUUGUCAGCACGUUGAGUAAGCUGCAGACCGAACAAUACAAAAUAGAUGCUGUACUUGAAACAUGCACGAAAAGCCUCCCAGACCUGAGCUCUUAUGAUAAGCUGGACCCCAAGAUUUUCAAACAGACAGGAGUCAGCAUCCUAUCCCAGCAUCUUUCCAAGGCUCUAGGAGACCGCCAAGAAGUCAAACAGUCAUUUUACGCCGAAGACGAAGACGAUUUCAUGGACAUUGACGAGGGUGAAGAUUCGCAGAUGACCACAAACUCGACCAACCCCGAAAACGACGUGCCACGACAGGCUGAUCAAGCAGAGACUGAUACUGCUGCUUUACGCGCAUCAAGCUCGUCAUACCUCCAUUUCAUCACUGCAGUCUUUGAAACGACCGAUCGAAGUGAUCGUCAGAUUCCCUCCAGAUUUGUGGAUUAUCUAAUCUCUUUGAACGAAAAUGAGCUGCUGCGUUCCCGUCAGUUCAUUCGUUCCCUACUACACAGCGGACUUGAACUCUCCCGAACUGAUUGUUUGAACCUUCUGGAGCGACUUAGCGAUGCCUUGGCAGCUCCUCGUGCCCGCGAGUACAACACAUCCGAGGUUGCGAACGGCAUGCUAGUGGAGGUUCUUAUUGGCACUGCUCUUGUUUGGGGACCAGACGACAAGGACCCGGAAGCUAAGCUCCUCUACGAGAACGUCGAGGACAUGUAUACUUACUAUGUGAAAGGUCUCGAGAAGAAUGGAAUCAGACGAUCCUCGAGUCUUCAAGAGGUCAUCGCUGUCUUCCUGCAUGGUCUGCUGAAGCACCACCCAAGCUUGGGACAGGAUCCCAAGGUGCCUUCUGUACGAACCAGCCUCUUCGAACUUCUCUCCAGGAGCGAGAUCACCAUAAAGUACCACAUUGCUGAGCGUCUCCCGUCAAUGUUCGAGGAAUUUGUGCUUUCCGAGCAUGAUAAAAUCCUGCAAGAUGUCGACAGUAGCCUACCCGGCGAAGAUGAUGGUCUCGAGGGAAUCGCCGUUCGACUGCUUGUCCUAUCCAAGCUGGCAUCACGGUGGCAUACGCUACUAAGAUCGAGUAUCUAUCGUAUCUUUGCUACAGCCGGCUCUGUCAAGCAAGCCGCUCAACAUGCCCAACGCUGUAUAUUGAAGGUGGCGGAAUCCAGGGGGUUUGCAAGCUCACAGCACCUCUUUCAGCUGUUUGCCCCACAGAUUCUGUUUACCUGGCUGGAUCGUGGCAACAAGAUCGCGUCCAUACCUUUCCUAACAUUCGACUACUCGACUUUAGUAGACCUGAUUGAAGAUGUCGAGGCUGAAGCAGUGGGCCAGGCCAUAAUGUUCGGGAGACAAGACGAGGUCGAGUACUUGGCAAAGCAGCUGAACACCGCUACGACCGACCUGCUUGGUAAGAACAUUGGUAAGGCAGCAGCUUACACGAUUUCAUGGGAUAUCUGCAGAGGCUUCGCGCGCAACAAAGCGGAACCAAGUUACGCCAAUUUGCUCAAGGAACUAAUGGGCAGCGACCAGUACUUUCACCUCGUCCAGAAGCGGUUUCCACAAGUGCUUGCCUGCAUCCUGCAGACGAUCGACCAAGAGGAGCGCGUUGGAAGAUCGCUAGAGAAGAAGCCUGCUUUCACGCCAGCUGCCAAAACCUUGACGGAGAUGAUCAACAUCAGUCAUUCUCCACAGGAUCUGAACACAGGUAUAGAGCCGUCUUUCAACGCCUUCUAUCUACCAGACCAACUGGAAAGGCUGUGUCGGCGGACAGGUGACGACCCUGUUGGCUUUUGGACGUCGAGCACAUACACUUUUGUAAUGCGCGCCUUGCUAGACCGCAUUCAUCCUGCACUCGGUUCGUUGUAUGCUCGAUCCAUGAUUCGUAAGAUACGGAUCGUCAUCGCUCUUGCUGGGCCUGUCGCUUAUGAAGGCUAUCCGCUGCAGAUGACACUUCAGUCUUUACGUCCAUUCCUCACCGACGUCCAGUGCGCAGAAGACACAGUGGGUAUCAUGCAACACUUGUUUGAACGCGGGUCCCAAUACCUCAGACAACAUCUAAAUUUCGUGACAGGUAUCGGCCUCUCGAUUCUUAUCUCCAUCCGGGUCUUCUUGGGAACAGCACAGGAUAGUACUACGCAGCAAUCGCAACACAUUGCGACAAUGACAACAGCAAAUAAGUUCCACAAUUGGCUCACAGAAUACCUCAAAUCCCACGCCGAGGUCAUAUCUCUAAGCGAAAGGUCAUCGUCAGUAAAGGCUUUCAAGCUCAUCACUACCGCUGCAUCUCAAGUCCGUGCAGAAGGUAAUUCGAUCCGCGGCAGUGAAGAAAGUACCUUACUCGUAGAGAUACUGAACGAUGUGAGAUCUGGUCGCAAACUGCUCAAUAAAACGUCUCGCGAGGUUGCCUUGAACCUGCUCUGUCAGAACUUCCAGCUUGCCCCAACGGCUCGAGAUGAUAUUCUUGGAAAGGACCAAGACGCUGCAGACUAUGCGGGCUUGGUGUGGGAAUCGUGCCGUAGGGCCAACGUUGGUGAGGGCUAUCUGCUUUGGGCCGCACGUGUCUUGGGCCGAGCAUUCAGUGCGCAUGGGGAAAUCAAGCAGAGUAUUCCUGUUUCUCGGCGCCUCAUCCCGUCCGGUCAAAAUCCAAAAGACUCCCUGGGAAGAAUCUCAAGGGAAACCAUCAUUCAGGAGGUGGUUGAUCUCUUCUACAGCGACGAGCGUAACGAGGUCAGCUUAGCUGAAAACGCAGUCAGAUACCUAAUUGCUCGCCUACCAAAGGGAGAUCGACAAUACGAAGCCGAGGUCUAUAACGCGAUUCCAGACGCUAUAGGCAAGGCCCUCAUACUCUAUAUUCCGGAUCCAUCCGUCUCUGCGCUCAUUGCGUCCAGCGAAGUUUUGAAAAUUGCUGCUGCUCCGACAGAGGAUAAAAGCGUGGCUGUGUGGGUCAGAAACCUUGCAGUGGCACUCUGCGCGGUAGCGUCUGAGGAUCCAAUACUGGGUGCUCUUCCCGCCCUUCUCCAUGGUAUCAAACACCUAGCAGAGAAGCUGUUUCCGUAUAUCCUUCACCUCGUACUACUGGCUGAGUACGAAGAGGAGCGUAGCGUUCGGGAAGCGAUAUCAACAGCUACAAUGUCUUGGUUCUGCGACUGCGGUCCAGAACGAGCACCCUACGUGCGUAUCAUUAUACAGGCCAUUUUGUAUCUCCGCAGCCAACCAGUGCCGAAAGAAAUUACUCGGGUCGAUAGGGAUCGAUGGCUGGACAUUGACUAUCUCGAGGCGUCGCAGGCUGCAACCGCUUGUUCCAUGUACAGAAGCGCUUUGCUGUUCGCAGAAACCUCGUCAGGGCAGCCUGUAGUCAAGAGCGCUUCGAGAAGGUCUUCUGUUCUUGCUCCACCUCCAGGACUACCGACCGACCUUCAGCUUGCAAUUUAUAAAAAUCUGGAUGAGCCUGAUUCAUUCUAUGGUAUUGACAGAGGCUCUAACCUCUCAGCUGUCUUGGACCGUCUUGACUAUGAGGAAGAUGGCGUCAAAAGUCUAAUUUUUCGAAGUGCUCGGCUCGAUAGUCAGAUGCGACGUCGUAACGAACUUGAGCUUUCCGAUAUUCGUGGCACUGUAAGGUCGCUCAUCAUGCUCAACAUGAACAGUGUCACCCAUUCUUUACUUUUGAACGACCAGUUCAGGCAUACAGGAGACGACGUCGUGGAAAGUACGCUGCACACCGCUCGCAAACUGGGCCAAUGGGACAUCAAGGCCCCAGAGACGAACCAUACCGAAUCUGCGACGCUGUUCAAAGCCUUUCAAGGUCUCUAUUUUGCAAAGACACCUGAACAAGCCCGGAACAACUUCGACCAGCAGAUGUUUGCUACAAUGAACUUUCUGACUGGAAGGAACACCUCAUCGGUCCCGACGAAGACCCGUCUUCGGACUCUAGCUGCCUUGACCGAAGCUGACGAAGUCCUCAGAGCUGAUAACCCAGAGUACCUACUUGACGUUUGGGACCGCAUGAAAGCUCGGGAGAGGUGGAUGCGAGCGGGAGAGUUCACUGACGUUCGCCAAUUACUGUCAUGCCGCGAAACCCUCUUCAGCGUACUUAGCGGGAACAACGCCAUGAUAGAUUCGUUACACACACGCACUGCGACCAUACGCAACAUGGAGGUGGAGGCGCUGGUCUCUUCAUCCUCGAUCAGCAGACGACAUGGAGCCAUUCAGGAAUCACUGGCAAGCGUUACCUAUCUGUCGGACAUUGUACCAAAGUGCAAAAGUGCAGGACUGGACAUCGAAGCUACGGCACAACACGAAGUAGCAAAUGUGCUGUGGGAACAGGGCGAAACCGAUGUUUCUAUACGCAUGCGUCAAAGUCUGAUCGAUCACGCCAGCUUCGAUUCACAGAACGUGGAACUGAGUCUGCCUGUGCUACUGGCUAAGCUGGGACACCACCUUGCUGAAGCUCGGCUUGCGAAACCUGACGCAAUCAUGCAAGAGUACCUCGAGCCAGCAAUCCGGGAACUGAAGGGCCAGGAGCAAGGAGCAGGCCCAGGACAAGUGUUCCAUGAGUUUGCCCUGUUCUGUGACAAACAGCUGCAAAGCCCGGAGGCUGCAGAGGAUCUGGAACGUAUCAAGACCGUUAUGGAACGAAAGCUGCAAGAGUAUCACGACUUCAUAAAGCUCUCCAAGACCGAUAAAAGCAAGGGCAUGCGAGACACAUAUCAACGCAGCGCCCGUCGAGCAAAAAAUUGGUACGAAUUAGACCAUACUGAGUAUGAACGCAUGCGAAAGGGACGCGAGCAAUUUUUGCGCCAAUGUCUUGAGAAUUAUUUGCUCUCCUUGGCCGCGAGCGAUGAGUAUAACAAUGACGCUCUUCGCGUUUUCGCUCUCUGGAUUGAAUACGCCGAUACCGACCUUGCCAACGAAGCUGUUAAGUUGUAUUUGAGCAAGGUGCCCAGCGGAAAGUUCGCUUUGCUCAUGAAUCAAUUAUCAUCUCGAUUACAGGCUGAGAGUACUGACUUCCAAAAGCUUCUGUUAGGCCUGGUCUUCCGCAUCUGCAUCGAGCAUCCAUACCACGGUAUGCAUCAAAUCUUUGCAAUACAGAUGAAAGUAGGCCCGAUCACCAGGGAGGAUGUGGCUCGCGCCAAAGACGAAUCGGCAAGGUCUCGUCAGAAAGCUGCGGCAGAGAUAGCAAACGCGCUCAGGAACGAUAAGCAAUCACGAUCGUAUUGGAGCUCUAUCUACCAGUCCAACGAGAUCUACCAUAACCUUGCCAUGUUCAAGGGCGAGAAAGAAAGCACACAACAAGGCCGCGAGCUACCUCUUGAUCGCUAUAGCGAAUCGAAGGAGCUCGUGAGGUCUAUCCCGAGGCUCAACGUCCCACCGGCGACAUUGCAAGUCGAGGUGCGACCAAAUAUGGAUUACACAGACUUGCCAAGGAUUCAAAGAUUCAAGUCCAACAUGAGCAUUGCGAACGGUCUCAGUGCACCAAAGAUCAUCACGGCAAUUGGUACUGAUGGCAAGCCGUACAAACAGUUGUUCAAAUCUGGCAACGACGAUCUUCGUCAAGACGCAAUCAUGGAGCAAGUUUUCGACCAGGUGUCGCGACUACUAAAGAAUCACACAUCUACACGCAUCCGAAACAUCGGCAUUCGAACCUAUAAAGUGCUACCGCUGUCUACUCGCUCUGGACUAAUGGAAUUCGUGCCAAAUACGGUACCUCUACACACAUGGGUGAUGCCCGCACACGAGAGAUACUAUCCAAACGACUACAAGUCUGACAGAUGCCGGAAGGAGAUUGGUGCUUGCCAAGCCGAUUCUCUCAGUACACGCGUGAAAGUAUGGAAAAAGGUCACCGAAAACUUCCACCCCGUCAUGCGAUACUUCCUCCUCGAGCGUUUCGAGGACCCAGACGAGUGGUUCGAACGCCGUCUUGCGUACACACGCUCGACAGCGGCGAUUUCCAUCCUAGGUCAUGUUCUCGGUCUCGGUGAUCGUCACUGUCACAACAUUCUUCUCGAUGAGAAAUCCGGAGAAGUUGUACAUAUUGAUCUUGGUGUGUCGUUUGAGGCGGGCCGCGUCUUGCCCAUUCCAGAAGUCGUACCCUUCCGCCUUACCCGUGACCUCGUCGACGCAAUGGGUUACACCAGAACCGAAGGUGUAUUCCGCCGUUCCUGCGAAUUUACUAUGGACACCCUCCGCGAAGAACGCGAGUCAAUCAUGACGCUUCUCAACGUCCUGCGCUACGAUCCUCUCGUGAACUGGAGCGUCACGCCCACGAAAGCAAAGCGGAUGCAGGAAGGCGAUGCCACCAACAAUACCGCGCGCGGACAAAGCGUUGUACCUGGUGGCACACCGGCGCCAUCUGGGCAGCCAGGAGCGGCUGAAGAAGUACUCCAUGAGAGCCUUAAAAAGAAAGAGAAAGAGGAGCAGGCUGGUGAGGCUGGAAGAGCGCUCAGUGUGGUUGAGAAGAAGUUGAGUAAGACGCUCAGUACGAAAGCGACGGUCAACGAGCUCAUUCAGCAGGCGACUGAUGAGAGGAAUCUGGCGGUGCUAUAUAUGGGGUGGGCUAGUUAUGCAUAG